AUGGCUCCCGGCUCCUUGAGCCCAGUCUACCUUCCAGACUUGGCCAAAUGCUUUGCGGGCGAUAUUCUUAUUCCGUCCUGGGAGGAUCUCCUUGAUGCAUUGUUGUCCCACGACACCCGACGCUCCGACUUUGCCGUUGAGAUCCUCUCCAGCGAGCGCCCGAAACGAGUUCUUUCCAAGUUUCCUCCUGUAUUCAGUACCCCAUCAGCUAAUUCAAAAACUGCGUUCGACACCUCUACUGCCACGGUUCCGCCCACUUCCUCUCUCUACGCCAUCGAUGAAAUCAAGUCGGAUGCCCUGUGGCUGAGCACACAAACAGGUCUCGAAGAGCUGGAGGCUCUCCGCCUGGUUGUUCUGGAGUGGCAGCAUCGCCCCGAAUCAAAACUCGAAGAAGGAUUGUCCGAUGCUGAACUUGCAAGUCUUAGAGAUGCCGUUGGGGCUGACUAUUUGGAACGGCAAACACGAUCCCAGUCGGGAACGUGUCAGCGAGAUGAUGCAGACUUCGAUACUCAGAAUGCACGCCAUGGCCGGCUGCUCAUGCGCUUUCUGCGACAACAAGUCACCGUGUUUCGCAUCCAUCGAGAACUGGUUGAAAUGAGCCUGUUACCUGCCAAAUUAAGGAUCUCGUCUGCCCAUGUUCAGAGUCUUGUCACCGAGACCGCCCAGAAUGAGCAAAGUGCCCCCAACCAGUGGCCAGCUGAUCCUUACAUCAAAGCAUUACAAUCACAAUUAACGACUCUGAGAGACCGCCCUGAAUGGAGUCUACAGGAACCCGAAAACUUCAGUGUUCAAGACGUCUCACAAACAACAAGUUUACAGAUACUUGUGGAAAUUUUGAAGACUUUCGCGCUCAGGACGAGGAGUUCUGCAACUGGCAUUUCAAGCGCAGACUUGCUCGACUGGCUACAAUUCAUGCGUUCUGAGGACUUUUUUGCUCCAUUCACAUCAGAGCUUGAAGAGCAACGACUCGUGAUCGAAAAUAUUCAGCUGUCCGCGGCUCUGUUGACCGUGACGUUAUUUAAUCCCGCCUCAUCCAUCUCUAGUUUGACUACUGUGGCGUCACCAAACUCGUUGUUACGGCCAACCGAACCAACAGGGUUCUUUCUUGAUCCCCAAGCGGCUUCAGAAAUCCAUGAACUCAUGAUCAACCAAGCAAGAUGCAGAAAUGUCCACGCCGGGCCAGCGGUUCUGUCCUGGGCGGUCAUUCUGCAACAUAUACGAUUCCUCUGCUCCCGGGCAAAGAAUGCUCGUGACAAUCAUUUUGCUUCACGUGUCGUGGAUGGAGUUGCAGUAUUCGACGCGGCCACCGGUCGAAGAGGAUCCAGCGGUAGUACCACGUCGCAGCACCAGGGCCCGAUUGAGGACGUCUGGGAAAGCAUCACAAACGGCCAUCCUGCAGAUAGUACUGAACAGAGUGAUCCAGCAGAUCAGCUACUUUCUCUUGUCGUGGCUGAUUGCCAGGUUUUCGAGUAUAUCGUCUUUCUGACUAAACAAAUACCCGCUCCAACGACCGUCUCCUCUGCCUACGAAUUGCAAACCUUACAGGAACUUGUCGCGGUAUCUUUCACAUCCCUCGGUUAUACCCCAGAGUCUGUUUCAGCUCAGCUAGCUUUGAUGUCGACUCUGCAGGUGCAGCCAAGCGGUUCAAUACUUUUUGACCCAUCCCUGGAAAUGCUGGAGAACAGUGACCUUCUCGAAGGAUUUUACGACACGGCAGCCUCGCGGUUUCCCUACGAAACCCUGCCGUUCCUAAAAUUUUCAAGGGCUCUGGCCAGGACCAAUGUGUUCGAAGAGGGAACACAUUAUGUCGAAUAUCGUAUGAAAGCGCUGACCACUUUCACCCAAGCUGCCGACGAUAAUGUCGAUUUUACCACCAUCCGGGAAGACGAAAAUGCGAACUUGGUCAUGCUUCGUAGUGCCAUUAGUGAGGUAAACCUGUCAAAGGCACAAACUCUGAUGUUAGAGUAUACCACCCCAGGACAAGAGGUUAACAGCAUUAUUCCCCCACAGACGGAAGGACAAGUCAUUUCCGAGUCGUUCCCACGCGUCAUCAGGUGGGACCACAAGUUCUCGGGCUUCGCAUACCUGGGGAAACUUCUAGAACUCUACUAUCUGAGAAUCGCUUCGACUUCACUUUCGGGCUCAGAGUCGACCGAAGAAGUAGUUUCUGAAGUUGUGUCACUCGCAGCGACUCUGUUGCAUAACAUUUUGGGAAACGCUGCUCCUAGAUCCAUCGUCACUGCCCAGGAGCACUGUGUAAGAGUUUUGGAUGAGUUUAGCGCUCAUCUAAACACAGGGAAUGACUUCUCGGCAUACGUGUUUGAGAUACUUGAGCAGGAGCUCCAGUCGUUCCGCCGACGAUCCACGUUGACCUUUGACACGAAAGUGUUGAUUUCAUGCCUGGAUUUUGCUAUAGUGUUUACCAAAAUCAGACCAAAUCAAGUUUGGUCCACUAUCAACCGUUGCAGUUUAUUCGGCCGCCAUACUGCAAGCGGGCUAAUGCUACCACUCAUUUCAGCAGUCGAAAUUCCUCAGGGCAAUUUCGACUUCCUCGAAAAGUGUACUCAAUUGUACCGGACCCUUGUGAAAUCGGCAAUAACUCGUCGGCCACCAGACACGUCUUCCGGAAGACGAUCCGGGACAGAACCUAGCGUGAUUCCCUCCGUCAUCCAGCGCAUCCAGGGACCAUGCAUACUGGCAUCGACGGAGAUCAUGUUUGCCAUUUUUCAACAGAUCCAGGAAUGGUCCUUCACAUCCCGCGAACAGUUUGCACGGGUCAACAAAACCAUAGCAGAUUCAUUUUCAGAUAUACUAUGCUUCACUUUCAAUUUUGGAGACAGUAUAAAGUCCAACGUGGGUGUCAACAGUGUUUUCAUUGAGGCUGCCACCUUCUUGACAACGGCUUUCCGACCAGCCAGCAUGGAUGACGUUCAAGCUAAACCUAUUGUACGAUACCUCGUUGCAGCUGGCUGUGGCCAUGAACGUAUGACUCGUCAAGGCGCUGGCGAGGGAAAUAAUGUCAAGUCAAUGUUGUCGUUAACCAUAUUAUUGAUUCGAUUUGGCCUGCUCCAGGAUCUACCUUUGUCAUCUACCGAUAUGCAUGUCUUCAAUGUAUUGCCUGCGAUCGCUCGAAUACUUCAGUUCUACCCAUCAUGUAGGUCGACCUGCCUCACACUGAUUCAGUCCACAAUCACAUAUGUUGAACGCUAUCAGCCAACUUCCUUAUUACGCCAGUUCGGAACAACGUCUUGUCUUGGCUUUGUACACCUGAUCAAGCAUAUUGACCAGCAAUCACACUCCAUCAAAGUUCGUGACGAAAUCUGGAGGCUUCUCUCCCUGUUAGUCAAGGGUACCCAACAGUGGGUAGCAAAUCUACUUCUCACCGGCGCUUUACCUCAGGAUCCAAGAAAGCAAAAGGGCCAAGAUCAAUCUCUGAAGUCACUUCGUGGCAAGACGUUUCUUCAAACUGCUAUCGAGGAACUUGGUGAUAUCGUAGCAAUGCCUCCUGUUGUUGCCAUUUCGAUGCUCCAAUUCGUCUCACAGGCUCAAUCUUCUUGGCCAUGGGUUACGAAUGACUUGAAGUCUUCAAAUGACUUCUUCAACAAACUCGUCAAUUAUGUUACCAAAAGCACAUCACAAAACCACGACGAGGUGCAGUUGUCUUUGCAAAAUGCCAUUGCAAUUCAAGUGACAGAGUUAUCCACAACUCAUCUUCAUUACUCGAAAGUCAAUCAAGACCAGUCUGCUGUCAAGACCUUCACUCCACUUCUAGAGUGGCUCGCACAGAAUGCAAUUACUGUGUCAGGUUACAAGGCGUCGCUGCACUCAAAUUUACGGAAGAACUUCUCUGCAAAGUACAGUGGGCUUGUCGUUUCCACCAUCAGGCGUACAGGACUGAUUGAAAGACGGUAUGGUCUCAAUUUCUUCUACGAUGUUGACUUCGGAGACCAGCUGUUUGUGCAUGACUCCCACUGGAAUGGAGGCCCAAGCAGGGCCUCUGACCAGUCCUUCUCUGCUGAGUUUCGACGCGCAAAUGCCAACCUCUCACUUGUAGACUCGGAGCUUGCACUUUUGCAGAGUCUGCAUCAUUUCUGUGUGGAGCAUUGUAUGCUGUUCGCUCGCGAACGAGAAGAUCAAACUCUAUUGGCUCGAAUUGUCAGCCAAUCUCUACAUGCAAAUGCUGAGUCAUUCUCCCCUGAACCGAUUUUCGAAAGUAUCCUCCAAACACGAGCAGAGCUUUGUCUCGCACUCCUUCGACAACUGUUAGUGGCAGAAGCGAAGGGCUCAAGUUUAUCGAACUUACUGGAGCCAGCCUGGAUUGCGAUGAGAGCCCAGAACAAAAGCUACGGCGAAGCCAUUGUCAAUCGCGAUCUCGUCUACUGGCGUUCCAUGCUAUCUAUUUUGAUCAUGAUUGUCAAUUAUCAUGAUAAGAGAGUUCCUAAACCAACUGUCUUGCCAGGAACCAACACCUCUCUAAUUGUUCUUGAUCCUGCGAAUGUGAUCUUCUUGGAGAUAGCUACUGCAUUAGUUGCUGAGGGCUUCAAGACAGUGGUGGCCGCACUCCAAGAGCAGCAACUGAAUGGGUCUGGAACUGAGAAUGAGGAAGAAGAUCUCGUUGGGAUUCGUGAUGUCCUUCUGCUUCUCACCCUUUUCCAAGCCAUUUUGAGACUACCACUCCUUGCUCAGUUUUCGAAUGAGCUGUCGGAAAGAUUGUCAUCUUCAGGUGUGAUCUCAUCAAGUCUUUUACUUUAUUCUUGGUCCCAUCUACUUGUAAAACCCGACGGUGGUGAGCAGCCCAACUAUGCAGACCUUAGCAUCCAAUUUCUGGUUUCCCUAUCAUCGCUCCCCUUGGUUGCAGAAGAGCUUGCUGUGGAGGGUGCUCUCAACCGCCUUUCCACCUCCAAGACGACCGAAUCCCUACAGCGUAUUCGCGGAGGCGUGUCGCACGUCGAUCAACGACCCAACUGUGCACCACUAUACCGGAUAUGGGCAGGCGGCCUGCUUCCCCUCUGCCUGAACCUACUACAUGCGGUUGGGGGGGUGAUUGCUGCUGAGAUAUCAGGAUUCCUUAAUCAAUUCCCAAAUCAGCUAGUAAGAGCAAGUAGCAGUUUCAUGAUUGGACCAACGACACGUAAGGAAGGUACCGAUAUUGUCACCUUCCUGAAGGCCAGUGAAUCAAGUACACUUGCCUUGAUAUCCCAUAUUCUGGCGUCCUAUCGUGAGGCUGGAGCGUCUGCAGCUGUGGAACCGACGGCCAUUUCGGCGCUGGUUGGAUAUGAUGAACACCGCAAGGCGAUCAUUGAGGAUCUGAGCAACAAUCUGGCAUUGAAGCCUGCCGAGCGUCAGGGUCUCACUGUUGCCACGAAUGAGCGGGAGCUCGAAUGGCAAAAGUCCACCAAAGGCGACAUGCUUGAUGCCAAGAUCGUGAAAGAGAACCGGAUAGCGUUGGCGGCUUUGAGGCGGGAGGAAGACUUUGAUGAAAAGUAA